AUGCCCAGCAACAAAGGCAAAGCGGUCGAUAAGUCAACCCCAUGGUCCGAAUGGUGCUGGGACACCCGUGGAUAUUACUAUUCAAGUCGUCACGGUCCUACGGGAGUACGAGAAUAUUCGUAUAGAUAUCCCGAAUUGACAACAACACAACAACAACAACAACAGACACCUCGAACUCCGGGGGAGAAUUUCGUUCUGAGCACUGGCUCUGCAACACCGCUAUCAUCUAGUGGUCCUAGUGGUGAUAGUUAUGCUUCUAGAGAAGCUUCAUAUUCAGGAGCCGCAAGAACAAAUUCGAGCACUGAGACCUCUGGGGCCUCCAGCUAUCAAAAUCCGCCAACAUCUAAAUACGGCUUAGACUCAUACUACACAACGACCUCAACUAGUGUUACCCAACCAUCGGGCUCUACGGCAUCAAACACUAGCUACUCAUCCAAUCAUGGCUCCUUGAAUCCCUACGAGCCGUCAGUCACAACAGCCAAGUUGGAAUACGCAACUUCUAGCAAGACCUAUGAUGCCGUUAAUUCGGCCUUCCGCGGCAUGUCCCUGAAUAGUCCCUCUUCUACUGUUCACGAGCAAGGCUAUACCGUCUCAUCUAGCGUCCAAACUCCGUACCAACCUCAAAGCCCGUCAAACUAUAUUGCGAGAGACCCAAAUAGUCCAGACAAGGAGAGGCUUGAUCCUCGGUAUCACUGCAUUGGCGAGAAAGAGCAAAGGAAGUUCUGGAAGGUGGGCAGAGUAUUUAUGAUGCUCUGGACUGAGCCUGCUGCUGAAGGAAGCACGAGAAAUGGCACACACUACAGUAAAACCAAGGCGUUUACAGUGAGAUACGUCGCUUUGUUGUCCUCAAAGAAGGCUACGGAAACAGCAUCUGCUCGUACGUCGAUCUCCAUGACUUAUAAGCGAAGAAAACUAAUGACCUGUGACAGUCCUAUUCAUACAUACAAUGGCCAAGCGACGCUAAAGCCAAACCUUCCCGAGCGUCAACAACACGCCAUAAUAUAUACCAGCAGAGAUUGUCCUCCUGAAAGAUUUAACGAGUUGACUGACGGAACAAUUGUGAAAGAAAAUCUCUCGAAAGAUCCCAUUAGAGUCCGAAGUGAACAGAAAGAUAUAGAGGGUGACUUGGGAGCAUGUUCUAGACUCAAUUACAGCAAGAUAUACACUGUGGAGCACUACAUCAGAGUUCUUAACAUUGGAAUGGUUGAAAGUAACUGGAUCCCAUCUCUGACCGCAAACUCCUACGUCACUUCAUCCACCACACCAGUCGAAAAACCUACAAAACUACCUUCGAAUACUACAAGCGGUACCCGCGACAGAGACAAAAGAUCGAGGGGUAAGGAUAAAGAUGGAAAACGGUCGCGACACUAA